CUUUUUGUUGUUGGUAAAAAUCAGGCUGAUUUUGUUUUGAUAAAUAGUUCCUUUUUCGAAUACUCACAAAGAAUGGUGGGCGCUAUGCCUGUUAAUUUAAUACCAAAAUUUUGCAACGGCGCCAUGGACAGCCAGAACAACCGACAGGACGGCGAGCUACUGGUCGACAUCGGCAGCCGUAUCAAAUGCAGUGAACAUUUUGCCACCGUCAAGUAUAUCGGAGAAGUCCAGGGCUACAAAGGGACCUGGUACGGUGUAGAAUGGGAUGACCCUGCCAGAGGAAAGCACGAUGGCUCUGUUGACGGGAUCCAGUACUUCAAAACAUCGGGCCCGAAGUCUGGCUCUUUCAUUCGCCCUAACAAGAUUGAGCCUCUAGUAACUUGCGCCGAAGCUAUAAAGAAGUGCUAUGGUGAUAAGGAGGAUGAGAUGAUUGCGGCGCACCGCAAGAAUGUCAUCAACGAGUGGAAGCGGGAGAUGGGUGCUCCGUUCAUUGAAAUGGUGGGCUUCGAGAAGAUUCAUCAGAAACAGAAACUGGACCGCCUCGUAGAAGUGUGUGUGCACAACCAGAACGUCUGCUCCGCGGGGGAUGUCUCCGCGCUCUGCCCCGGCGUGCAGGUGCUGGAUCUGUCCAAGAACCUGUUCUGCAACUGGCGCGAGGUGAUCACGCUGGGGGGGCAGCUGCCAGGCCUGUGUGAUUUGGAUGUCAGCAACAACCGCAUGCCAGUAGACAUUCCACAAGAAGCCCUCGCCCAACUUUCUCGAAAGUUCCCGAACCUUCGCAAAAUAAACCUCUCUCACUGCGACUACGAAUGGUCUGACAUCGUGGCCCUAUCCCAGCUCUGGCCCCAACUCACAGAAAUGGUCGCCGCUUUCAACCAAAUACACAGAAUAUUCCCCCCAACUGACGUUUUAAGCAAUCUAUCUGCUUUGUGGUUAGAUGGCAACCCUAUAAAGUCGUGGGGGGAGGUGCUAGGGUUGGGACAACUGAAGAGUUUGAAGAUGUUGAGUCUGAAUGACUGUGCGAUUGAAGAGAUUAGGUUUAACGAUGUGCCCAAAGAGAAGGUGGAUGCGUUUGAGAAUUUGGAGCUGCUGUUUUUGAACAGGACUAAGAUUGGGGAUUGGCGCUCAAUAAGUGAACUGAAUAAACUGAAGAACCUGAAAAAGCUGUACUUCCUGAAAAACCCGAUACAAGCCGGCGGGGACUACGAGACCACCGCGCAACUGAUCGUCGCUAAAAUUGGAUCUCUACAGGAGCUAAACGGCUCGCAUCUCACUCCUGAAUUCCGUCGCGGCGCAGAAUACGACUACAUGAAGCAACAUGGCGCCGAGUGGAAGAAGGCACAAGCUAAUGAGGCUAUGAAGAUGGCUUUUGAUGUGGAACACCAUCGCUUUGAUGAGCUUAUUACUAAAUACGGAAUCCCAGACGACAGCCUUCUCGAGAAACAAGUGAAAAACAACUCGCUAGUCUCCUCCCUGCUACAAAUCACAUUACAAGACGAAAACGGAACGAAAUACGUCAAGAAAUUCCCCGCAACAAUGUCUGUGUCGAAACUGGUCACACUGGCUCAAAGACUGUUCGCUAAACAUGGCCACACUGGAACUCCAAACUUGUAUUGUUACAAUGAACAGAGAAAAGACGCAGAAAUACAUUUGGAUAACAUUAUGAGGGAUCUUUCGUACUUUUCCGUCCGAAACGGCGACACAAUUUUGGUCCGAUGAAGUUUCUGAACGUGGAAAUAAAGAUGGCGGCCGUGGGUUUUGGCGCGCUUUUGCCUUUUAAUCGAUUUUUCUUUUAGCACCGUUUAGCGAUUGCCUCGAAUUUGUUUUGGUAUCGUUAUUGAGAAAGUGUGCCGUGCGUUUUUCAAAAGCAUCUGGGAUGAGUUUAUUUAUUAUGUUUUUUUUUUGUAAUUUUAUUUAUUUUAUUUUGUCUUAUUUGACGCUUUUUGUAAAAAAAAAACGAGUUUUAAAAAGUAAAAAGAAAAGUUUUGUAACCUGCCAGUAGGUGGAGAUUUUGUUCGUUUUUUUUUUAGUUUGCAGUUGCUUUUGAAAAACGCCAACAAAAUGUAACUAAAAAUAUUGAUUAAAAAACAUACAAAAAUAACAACUACACGCAGAUCUAAAUAAAAUAUAGUAACCUUAAUUUUAAAAUGAUAUAUUUUGAGUAAAUUAUAUAUCGGUAUUUACCACGGAAUUGAAUUGAGUAAAAAGUCCAAUAAACAAUUCACUUAUCUAUUUA